AUGCCUCUUUGUCAUGAAUGUUUGCUAGCUGAAGUCAUGGCAUUUGCGCCCCUUUCUUCCAAAACCCGCGCUACGAUACUUUCUCUACAAGUUGAGUGCCACGUUAUCAUCAAUGAAAUCUUGGUAUGCAGAGAAGACCCUGAGCUUUGCAAUGCGGACUUGUCGGGGGUCUUGGUGAAGCAAGGAGACCUAUUCAAAGCGCGAUUCGGCCCAGACUAUGAGGCAAAGCUGGGUGAUGACGAAUUGCUGAAGCACCUCAAGGCUGAUCUCGGAAAAGUGAGAGACAUCCUCAUGAACCCAGCCAGUAACAGGAAAACGUCUGAAGGCACUCAAGGCCUAGGUCCCUCCGAGCUAGCCGCAUCUCUUAAGAAUAUUGAGAUGAAUUUCGCUGGACAACCAAAAUCCGUCACAGAAAGACACAUCGGCUUCGAGGACAAUGCCAUAGUCUUAGUGGCGGAUUUUAGUGCCUAA